AUGUGGUGGGUGGUUUAGUGAUGGAGAUGUAGCAGACAAGGAAGCCACGUCGGGGUCUCAGCGAGAACAUGGAUGGACUUUACCUGCAAGGAGGAGAAAGAGAAGGCGGCACAGCGGACAUGGCUAAUGACAGUCUCAAUGAGGAAGGCCAAGUGGAGGUGGACAACUCGGAGUUGUCCCUACGGGUGGUGAUGGCUUCUUUGCUGCUCCUCCUCAUCCUCUCCACUCUGCUGGGGAACACGCUUGUAUGCAUGGCGGUGGUCAAAUUCCGGCACUUGCGCUCCAAAGUCACCAACUUCUUCGUCAUCUCCUUGGCUGUUUCCGACCUCUUUGUGGCUGUGCUGGUGAUGCCUUGGAAGGCAGUUGCAGAAGUGGUUGGUUUCUGGCCCUUUGGGGCCUUCUGUGACAUCUGGGUGGCCUUUGACAUCAUGUGCUCCACGGCAUCGAUCCUCAACCUUUGCAUCAUCAGCAUGGACCGCUACUGGGCCAUCUCCAGCCCCUUCCGCUAUGAGCGAAAGAUGACCCAGCGGGUGGCUUUUAUCAUGAUCGGGGUGGCUUGGAUGCUCUCAGUCUUGAUCUCCUUUAUCCCUGUCCAGUUGAGAUGGCACAAAGCCAGUGAGAUUCUUCCUGCCCAUGAUAUGGAUGCCAACAUCACCUGGAUCCCAGGAGAAAACUGUGAUUCCAGCCUCAAUAGGACCUAUGCGAUCUCAUCCUCCCUCAUCAGCUUCUACAUUCCUGUUGCUAUCAUGAUAGUGACAUAUACCAGGAUCUUCCGCAUUGCUCAGCGACAGAUUCGGAGGAUUUCUUCUCUAGAGAGGGCCGUAGAGCAUGCCCAGGGCUGCCAAAGUCAUGAAUGUCCUCAUGAACUCUCCUUGAAGAACUCCUUCAAAAAAGAAACCAAGGUCCUCAAGACCCUCUCUGUCAUCAUGGGGGUCUUCGUCUUCUGCUGGCUUCCUUUCUUUGUGCUGAAUUGUGUGGUACCCUUUUGCGACCACCAUUUGCAGAAGCUUGGCAAACUGCCCUGUGUCAGUGAUGCCGUUUUCAACAUCUUUGUCUGGUUUGGUUGGGCCAACUCCUCCCUCAACCCUGUCAUCUAUGCCUUCAAUGCCGAUUUCCGGAAAGCCUUUGCUACCAUCUUGGGCUGUGGCCAUUUCUGCUCCAGCAACGCUGUGGAGACCGUCAACUUCAGCAAUGAGCUGGUUUCAUACCAUCAUGACACAACGUGCCAAAAAGACCUGGUGACCCUGAGCUACCCUCACCUUCUCCCUCAUGCCACCAGCCUCCAAGGGGAGGACAAUGACAAUGACCACGACUUUUUGUUUGACAAAGUCUCCCAAACCUCUUGUGGUAACAGUGCAGAUGUCUUGUCGGCCAUUGUGCAUGUGGAGUAUGGUACAGACGCAUCCCUUGAGAAGACUAGUCCUUAA